AUGACAACAACAACCAGACCCCCAAGACCUGGAGGACAGGAAUGGCAGGAGGUCACCAAAAAGAAGCCGAAGAACCGACAAGCGGUCGCUGUAGCUAGCCAGCCUGAUCCAAUAAAACUCAAGCCAGCCAAGGACAGCCCCAAGGAGGCACGGAGACUACUAUUUCGCCGUGAGGGAGGCAAGGCCGCCCCAAGGUCAGAGAGGGAGGAUAUCAUUCUGGCCAUCAACCGAGCAGUAGCAAAGGAACGUUUCCCAGUGUUUAUCUGGGUGGUGGAUACAGGAUAUACCAAUACUGGAGCGAUCACGAUUCUCCUGGAGAAAGGCACCCUGGGCUCUAUGCUCCUACCUGACUCUGGCUCGCGAAGAGAUUGA